AUGCUCCUUAACCAUUCAGGACAAACUACGCAGGCGACACUUACCUCAGUCCACGUGAAUAUAUCGAGUGCCGUCAAGACAGCCGCACAUUCCAACGUGAGUAAUCCGAUGCCCGAAGAGUUCAUCGGGUCGUUCGAAGACGCAAUUGCAGCAUCUGUAGCUCGCUGGGAUGAAAUAAAUAUGACUGAAGAUGAAAUCCGUCAACGUGCCUCAAGUCUGCCCGUCAACAGCUCCCUUCAACAGACUAUUCUUAAUCUCAUAAGAGAACUAUCUCCGGGAGACAGAUCAGUCUCAGUGGCCAGAUCGCUCUCUGUGACACAAUUCUCGAGCUAUAGUCAGGCCAGGAGGAGUCUUGUUGACGGACCGCAGUUGACUGAGAAAGAAGUGAUCGCACUAUCUAGGGAGCGGAGAGUUGCUCGGGAUGCUAACACUGUUCGGGCAGUACGUAGUCUACUUCACAGCACGCACCGUCUGCAGGUCAUCGCCGCGGUGCAACAUCUGCAGCAAAUUCGGGACAAAAUGCACAGUGAUCGGUCACGGGAAUUACUGCAGAUUGAGCAUGCCCGUCUCAUUGCGCGACCACAUGUCAUCAGUCGCGAGUUCGGACUCUACCAGUCCUAUGCGUGCUACUUGUGUCGGAACUUUUUUCCCUCCAUCGAGUUCCUUCAGGCACACCUGCUGAGUCUGAAACACUACAGGCUCUGCCUGUCGAAGGAGCGAAGACAGGUAGUCGCGUGGGCUCAGGAUAAUACUAGACUGAUGACCACUGGCAAAGCAGAGCAGCAGGAACAGGAGGGAACGGGGGCCGCAGAUGCAACUGGGACGGAGACUCCUGGUAUCCUUUCAGAGCCUUCCAAAAAGGAACAAGAGGCAACGGCCGAAGGACUAGUAAAGAGGACUGAGAAUCAGAUUACCGGCAAUAAUAACUCGUUUGUCCAACUGUUUGACAAAACGAAAAACGUAGAUGAGGCUGCCGAAAACCCAAACAACGCCCUAACAGUCUUCGCGGAAGCCAGUAACGUUGAUGACGAUGGGCGGGACAUAACCAAUGCCAUGAAGAACGUGGCUUUCGCAAAAAUGGUUGAUGCGGCGCAGAGAACUAAAUCACUUAGAUCGGAAAAUCCGAUCGUGCUCAGCUUUGGGACAUGCCUAUUUUGUGGAGCUAAGACUGAUCUAAGUCCUUCGGUAGAGGUGCACAGGUGCACACGAGAGGUAAGCCCUUCUCUUUCCCUGGUCAUGUCGUCAUGGAAGCCUUAUAAGUGUGUAGUCGGUAGUCGCUCUCAAGAAAUCUUAACUGAACUUCUGAAAUGCUUUUCGAUUAUGAAGGAAUGCCUAAGUGGGAUUGUAAUAAUGAUUACCGUGCAGCAUAAUCCCAUACUAUUUUGACAGUAUGGGAUUCGGGCUUUUAAAUUACUUAUUUUUGAUCGCUUGGAAUAGCUACACUUAGCAAAAAUCGAUACAUAAGUAGUAUGAUUUUUAUUUGAUUUUCACUGCCUCUAAAAAUCAAGUAUAUUUAUGCAAAACGCGCACAAAAAUAUGAUUUUUGCACUCAUUUGGUAGCAAGUCAAUUUGUCUUCAAUUUUUAUACACAAGAGGGGUGUAUUUAGAUUUCGAAAAAAAAUUUAAUUUCUAAAUAUUUUCGAGUCCGAUUUGUCGUUGCACAUUCGUUUAGGGCUUUACAUCUACAAGUCCUAUACGUUCCGUGCAAUGAAAAUCAUACUUUCUUCUAAGACAAUCAGAGGAUAUCAUAUAGAGCUCAUAAAAUUUUGCAGAGAAUGUGAACUCUGUUGUCUACCUCUUGAAGAGCAUUAAUGGACAGAUACGAUUCUGUUUCACGAGUGGAAGCGAAUAUGUGAGUCCCAUGCUCUCGUUGCAAUGGAGCUGAACGCUCGAGAUUGCAAUCUCGCAGUUUCUGAUGAUGACAUUCUGUACGAGACCGAAAGCUCAGGCUGUCCCUCUGACCGUGUAGUAGUCAUUUUUUGGCUGAGUGCGGCUUUUGUUUGCGAGUGAAAAGAAGUGCACUCAACAGCCGGCAUCCUAGUGUGCUUGAAAUAAAUUUGGACCAUUCUGCACGACAAUUAUUAUUAAAACCCCACUUAAGCAGUCCCUCCUGAUAGAGAAAGCAUUUAAGGACUUCAGUUAACAUCUAAUUGGACUGGUCACUGACUGUAGAAGACGGUACUGAAUUAGGAUAGACAGAAAGGUAAUUAGACGACAUAAUAAAAUGGAACAUAUGGUACUCAUACCAUUUUAAUCAGGACAUAAAGGAAUUUUCGACAACGCUUCAAAGGAGGACUAUGAAAUAUUCUGACUUACUUUUCUAGAUAGUUGACUUCGGCUAAUAGGACUUUGUACUCUCGAAAAAUUCGGUUAUGUCAAAUACCUGAUUUCACGUAGUAACAAAGGCAAGCCAGAACAGCUGAAGAGCUAUCACACCUCUUAUGUAGUUUCCGUCUACAUCGAAGCCUGAAAAAACGGCAGCAUUGGAACAUCAUUCUUUCGUCUCCAUCAAAUUACUCGUUCGCCUGUAAUAUAUUUAAACCUACUCAGAAAACGCGUCUUGAUCUGUGACAGGUUGGCGGGUUAAAGGGGUGAGGGAUUGAAAAAAUGACGCAUACGUCCUCUUAGGCUUUUUUAUAAGCCAAAGCACAUGCUAGUUAUUAUUCACCGAUCGCUAGUUUUCCCCGCGAAAUCCCGCUUCUCCGGCAAGAAAUAAUUUUCUUUAUUAGGUCGUCUCUCAUGAUGUUUUACCUCGGGUGUAAGACAGUACUUAGAUGGUAAAUCGCUGAUCAUCAGUUAGAAGAAAAGUGCAAACAUAGACAUCCUCCAGCUGAUAAUUUCCCUUCUACUGACUGGAGGCUUAACCGCAAAAGUUGGCAAGACGCAGGAAUAGAAACCCCCUACUAUUAGGCCUUGCGCCAAUUUCCGGGGAGAUAAGGGUUGGUGUUAAGGUUUGGGCAAGGGUUAGUGUUAUUGCUAGGGUCUGGACACGGGAACACUUAUCCUUCCUGGGAUUUUGCUCAGGGUCGUCUCUGUUGCCCGGGCAGGGGGGUUCUUAUCCCCGUGUCUUAGCCGAAAAUUAGAAAAUACAGUACAACAAAUAAACUUUCUAUGACCCAGCCAGUCUGCUUUCGUUCCACUAAAAGACUCGUCGCCUGGACGCUUAAAGCCCACACAAUCUUUCUAGCGUUUUCAGUCUCGACUGGCUCGAAGAAGGAGCGUUAAAAGCAAUAAAUGUACCUUUUGCUAAGAGGCACCAUGAGGAUCAUUACUGGAUACGGAUGGAGAUACCAAAUAUUUGGUGUCUGUAAAUCUGUUGAUAGAGUAGCCGUACAAACGCGUUCCACUUGUUUCGCAUGUACUGUACGCCGAAGAUGUUAAGUGACCGAAGUAUCAACUGGGCCGCGAGUAUGGGGCAAAUGCAUGGGUGGAAUGGGAAGGAGCAUCCCUCGAUGAAAAGAUGACUCAGUUAAAGUUAUAUUCGCUAGUCAAGGACUUCAUUUGACGUACAAGUAUCACUUGCAGUCACGUGAAAGCAGCUUUUUUAUUGAUCUAAUCACGGGAAAGGUCACGCCCAUUUCACUUUACCUUGCACCCCACUAACGAAUCCAUCAUAAUCUCCCACCACGUAACUGCCUGCCCCCUGUGUUUCGUCUCCACGCACGCGUACCUGCCACCUCGGGGCGCUCCUGCUCCAAAACCGCUCCGUCCUAUAGCAGGUGAAGUGACCUGCGGUCGCCGGACAGACUUCAUCGCGGACGCACGGGACGUCCAGUAAAUUAAAAGUCAGCCAACGAUUGGGUAAUACAAACAGUCGAGGGUUUCGAAUAGAAUACAUCCUUCCUUCUGCUGUUCUCCAGUGUCUACCAAUUAGGACUUGUACCCGGUUGUGGUAGUCCACGCACAUCCAUUAAUGUGGCUACCACAUGCCGAUGGUCGAAUGUGUGAUCGAAACACCUUGUUCUCCCAGUCUUUCCUGUGCAGAUAAAGGUUUCUAUGGAAAGAAAAAUUGUCCUUCAGACGUCUUGCCGCUAAAAGAGGCAAAUGCCAUCAAAUCAAUUCGCAAUUUAAGCCCCUCACGAAAUGUAACAGAGCGGUCCUUCAGUCUUACCAAAAUUAGGGAGCAUCAGUACCUCCCUGACAUGUUCUUCUUUCUAGAACUACCGGCACCAUCACUUGUGAUUGCCAUUCAGGAGAAAAAUUCGUCCGCCUUAAUCAAUCAAACCGAAGAGUUUAACGCUCUCUGUGCCUUAUUACAUCCUGGAGUCCUGACAAAAGUGUAACUUUUUACAGGCAUAUUAGUUUGGUUGUAGAUCCACUGGGAUGCGCCACGUCUGACAAUUUCUGUCUUCGUGCGCCAAAACGAUAUCUCACUGUCACACGUUGAUGAGAAUGAGGCGAAUGCUCUUCAACUACUGCUGCACCUGCCACCAGGCCACACCAUCAGACAGCGAGCACUGAUUCGACCAAUGGGUUAGAAAGACUGCCACAGUAGAUGUACUGCAUGCGGCUAACUCGUACACUGGUCCAACAGCUUCAUUGGUUGCUUUACAACUGACAUUUACUUCUUCCCGUUUGCAGGAAAGAUAUGGCCGACCACCUUUUCUCCCGUGUCCCUCCUCGCGUCAGAGUUAUUUGCUUUCACGGCUUCACGAUCCCCGACAUGCCGGCCAGUCAGAGCCCUUGAAAAAAGGCCACUCAAGGGCCAACUUGAUUAGAACACUGGGCAGCCGUCCCUCAUGGCAGUUCGACCGCUGUGAAUGACGACGUUCUCCAUGUGCCCCACAGAGUGGCGACUUACGCUGGAAUUAGUAGUGGGGCAGCGUCUACCGCAUU